AUGUCGACGACGCGUCUCGACGCCGUCACCGGCGGCCCCGCGCUGACGGACGACGAGGCGACCGCGCUUCGACACGAGGCCAUCUCGUACGCGGCGCAACACGGUCUCCUCGUCGCGACGGAGUCCUCCGAGUCCGGCGCGACGAUGCCGUCGACGUUCACGCACGCCCCGAUCGCGCUCCUGCCGACGCCCUUCCCCGCGGACGUGUUCGCGCUCGCGACGCGCGUCGCGCCGCUGUUCGCGUCCGUCUCCGACGCGGUGUCGCGCGACGACGCGUUCCUGCGCGAGACGCUCGCGGGGGUCAUCCGCGCGGACGACUUCACGCGCAGGGUGUGGGACAUCUACGAGCGGUGCGGCGGACAGGAGGGCAGGCAUCCGAUGGAGCUGGGGGUGCUGCGGACAGACUACAUGCUCGACGCGCCGUCGGGGCUGCCGCUGCAGGUGGAGGUGAACACGGUGUCGACGUCGUUCAUGGCGCUGUCCACGCGCGUGUCGCAGAUGCACCGGCGCGCGAUCGAGUGGCUCGGCGCGGAGCGCGCACGACUGCCGACCAACAGUGCGCUCGAGCUCGCCGCGGAGACGCUCCACGCGGGCUGGCGCGCGAUGAACGACGACGACGCGCGCGUGUUGAUGGUCGUCCAGCCGUGCGAGCGGAACGUGUUCGAUCAGAGGAUGAUCGAGGCGGCGCUGUGGGAGCGUCACGGCGUGAAGACGAUUCGCGCGACGCUGCGAGAGAUCGCGUCCGACGCCGUCGUCGCCGAGGACGACGCGAAGACGCUGACGUACCGCGGCGCGCGGGUGAGCGUCGUGUACUACCGCGCAGGGUACGCGCCGACGGACUACCCGAGCGAGGCGGAGUGGGACGCGCGCUUGUUGCUGGAGCGGUCCGGCGCGGUGAAGUCGCCGUCGGCGGCGAUGCAUCUCGCGGGGACGAAAAAAGUGCAGCAGACGCUCGCUUCCCCUGGAGGAUUAGAGCGGUUCGUCGAGUGCGAAGAGGACGUUCGCGCGAUGCGGAGCGUGUUCGCGGGUCUGUACGCGCUGGACGGCGAGGACGCCGUGGCGGCGGUGGAGCUGGGAUUAAACGCCCCGGAGUCGUACGUUUUAAAACCCCAACGCGAAGGCGGCGGGAACAACCUCUACGGCGAAGCGCUCAGGGCGCAGCUCGCGAAGUUCACCCCGGACGCGCCGAUCGGCUCGGACGGCGACCUGUCGUCGUUCAUCCUCAUGCAGCGCAUACUGCCUCCGGUGAACCGGACGCUGUGCUUGCGAAACGGCGAGAUGCAGGAGCUCGAGACGUUGUCCGAGCUCGGGAUUUACGGCGGGUACCUUCGCGUGGGCGAGGACGUCGCGAUGAACGUCGUCGGCGGGCAUCUGCUUCGGACGAAAGCCGCGAGCAGCGACGAGGGCGGCGUCGCCGCGGGGUACGCGGUCCUGGACUCGCCGUGUUUGACGUUCACGUGA